GGGGGUGAGUGCUGCUGGCUCAGGAGCGGAUGAGGGGUGCGGGACAAUGUUGUAGCCAAUUAACGCAAAAAGUGCCUUAUGUUCGGGACCGAAAGAUCAUUUAACGAGCCGGAGUGGUCUCUUAUGAGACGGGCUGCAGGUCUGGAGCUCGUUGAGGCGAGAGGUUGCUCGGAUUAGUUGCUACUUAUGCUGCGGCUUUGCGCCCGGUCUUGAGCUCUGCGGCAGGUGAGGAGCUGAACCGGGCCGGGUCGCCCUUAUGGAUCGGCAGCAUGGAUGCUUUCAGUUUCCCCUUUAACAGCAGCGGCGGCCCGGACUGCAAAGACGGCGAUGAAGCCGCAGAGCCCCGGCCGGGAGCUCGUCUCCUCGGGUUCGGCCCUGCGGCGGCGGCGACCCCGUCCGGAGCCGGAUACUGGACCGCCGUGUUCGAUUACGAGGCUACCGCUGAGGAUGAGCUCAGUCUGCGGAAGGGGGAUCGGGUAGAGGUGUUGUCCAAGGACUCGCUGGUGUCCGGGGAUGAGGGGUGGUGGACAGGUAUGAUCGAAGACCGGGUCGGUAUUUUCCCUAGUAACUACGUGAGCAGUAACGGCAUCUCGGAGAAGAUUCGGGACACGCCGGAGGACUAUGGCGAUUAUUCGGUGCCUCAGUUACACUUACUCCAGAUAGAUUUCAGUGAGCUGGUGCUGGAGGAAAUGAUCGGUGUUGGAGGUUUUGGAAAAGUGUAUCGUGCCAUUUGGAAAGGGAAGGAGGUGGCGGUGAAAGCUGCUAGACGGGACCCCGAUGAGGAUGUGUCUCAGACGCUGGAGAGUGUUCGUCAAGAGGCCAAGCUCUUCGCCAUGCUGAGACACCCCAACAUUAUGGGCCUUUUGGGAGUGUGCCUGCAGGAGCCCAACCUCUGCCUGGUGAUGGAAUAUGCCCGUGGAGGGCCACUCAACCGGGCCCUGGCUGGGAAACGCAUCCCUCCGCACACGCUGGUGGACUGGGCGGUACAGAUCGCACGUGCCAUGCUGUACCUGCACUGCCAAGCCAUUGUACCCGUCAUCCACAGAGACCUCAAGUCCAGCAACAUUCUGAUUUUGGAACGCAUAGAGAACGAUGAUCUGAGCAACAAGACUCUGAAGGUGACAGAUUUUGGUUUGGCUCGCGAGUGGCAUCGGACCACGAAGAUGAGCGCAGCGGGGACGUAUGCCUGGAUGGCCCCUGAGGUCAUCCGCUCCUCGACCUUCUCCAAGGGCAGUGAUGUUUGGAGUUAUGGAGUUUUGCUGUGGGAGCUGUUGACAGGAGAGGUGCCAUUUCGUGGCAUUGAUGGUCUGGCGGUAGCUUAUGGUGUGGCCAUGAACAAACUGUCUCUGCCGAUCCCCUCCACCUGUCCUGAGCCAUUUGCCCGGCUGAUGGAAGACUGUUGGAAUGUGGACCCUCAUGCACGACCCCCCUUCACCAGUAUUCUAGACCAGCUGACGGCUAUCGAGGAGUCUGGCUUCUUUGAAAUGCCGGCAGAGUCCUUCCAAUCCCUGCAGGAUGACUGGAAGCUGGAGGUUCAGGAGAUGUUCGACCAGCUCAGAGCCAAAGAGAAGGAGUUGAGAUCCUGGGAGGAGGAACUGAGUCGUGCAGCUGUGCAGCAGAAGUACCAGGAAGAGGCUUUACGGCGGCGGGAGCAGGAACUUGCGGAAAGAGAAAUUCACAUUCUGGAGCGAGAGCUCAAUGUCAUCAUUCACCAGCUGUACCAGGAGAAACCACGAGUUCAAAACCGCCAUGGAAAGUUUAGGCGCAGUCGACUCAAACUGCGUGAUGGGAACCGCAUCAGCCUGCCUUCCGAUUUCCAGCAUAAGAUUACAGUCCAAGCUUCUCCUUCUUUGGACAGAAGGCGGAGCCUCUUGGGCAGUAACUCCACCCCUCCAAACAGCCCCCCUGUUUUGCCACGCCUCCGAGCGAUCCAGUUGACCCCUGGGGUUGGAGUUCAAGCCUGGGGUCGUAAUGCUGCAUUCCAGUAUGAUGAAGAGGAGGACAGGAAGACUUCACGCAAGAAAGGGAGAACGCAAAGGGAACACAGUGCUGAUGAGAGUUUGAGGACUCCUAAAGAGGGCAGUCGGCAGCGUUCCUGCAGUGCUCCGAACCUGCGACGAUCCCCCAGACACAGUCCUGCUGUUCCUGGCGUGUGCAGCCUGGCAGAGACUGAAAAUGAGGACUGCUGCUUCCCAUCAGAGUCAGGUGACUCCCCUGGCCAAUCAUACCUCUGCAUCCCAUUCCACAGGGAUGGACCCGCUGCGGACAGUUACGGCAUUGAGAGCAGCACGACUGGAAUGGCUUCUGACGUUUCCCCCAGUUAUACGCGGCGGAGCCCCAGUGGCAGCCGUAGAUCAGAACUAGUGUUGCUGGGCUGCGGGGUGGCUCUGGCUGCUGUCGGUUUAGGCCAAAACCUAUUGGACCUGGUGCGUGUGGAAGAGAGUGUACGUCCGCGAUGGGAAGGGCUGUUUCAUCGUAGCGGGGGUCAAAGUCGUGGCGCCAGCCCACCCACACGCAAACUGUUCAAACGGGAAAGCCCCCGUCGCCCUCCCCCUCUGCCCACGUCCCUCACACUCCUGUCUCUUUCGUCCGUGUCUGAUUGUAACUCAACCCGUUCUCUCCUGCGCUCUGACAGUGAAGAGCUGCUCGUGCUCCGCCCACCUACGCCCCCUGCUCUGCCCCCUGGACAGACCCCACCUCCUCUGAACCCACUGGUCAACACCCACCUGGAGAGCUUUAAACGCCACCCUCGGCAGUCUCUGACGCCAACACAUGUGCCCUCUGCGCCCAGCGCCGCCUGCAGGCUUCAUCGCACACCAUCAGAUGGAGCGAUAAAGAUGGGGUGCUCACCUGCCCAUAACAACCACAAUCCCACCCCUACCACACCCUCAAAAACAGUGACUCCGUGGACAUUAAGUGAGGACCCCUCAGAGGUGCCCCGUCUUCCUGAUCCAAAUAUCAUCUUCCCACCUACGCCACGUCGCCGCUUCCAACCUGAGCGUCCCAAGACUCUGGAUUUCCUGGCUAGGCCCCGCCCCUGUCCACGAGCUCGCUGUGGAUCCCAGUGGGGCGAAUCUCCUGCCCACACGUCCAGCACUGAAACCCCAUCCACUGUGGAAUUUGGAGGAGGUAUGGCUGUCUUGCCCACUCCAAUGGAACCACCAACCCCCUGUUCCCCCUGGGUGAAUGACAGCCUUUUGGACCAACAGGAUGAAGGACAAUACAGAGAUGGGACACGGCCUCUCUCAUCAGAUCCCAGAGACUCACCUUACAGAGUGCGACCAGGGUUUUGCUCCUGAUUUCACCCCUCACACAUUUAGACCCACUUGGUUUCAGAUGUAGCACUUAGACUGUUAAAUCAAUGCAAAUGGGAGUUCUGGAUACUCUGGAGGAAAAAACCCCUGCUUAAACCAGACUAAGAUGGUUUGCUUAUCUUAGCAAACUAAAGGUUUAAGCUGGUCUUAGCUGGUUUAAGAUAGUCUCCCAGCCUGGUGAAACUAGCUGGGUGGUCAGCUGGUCGCCCAAGUGCCCAAAACCCCUCUUAAACCAGCCAAAAGACCAACUGGACUAGAAGACCAACUAAGACCAGCAAAUCAGCUUGGUCUGAUUUAAAAAUGUUUUUUUUUCCCGGUAGGGUAUAUAAGUAUUCACUAUAUUAAGAACAGAUCUUAGUGAUAAGAAUUAAUUACCCAGCAUAAACCAAAGGUGCUUGGUUUUUGCAUAAUGCAUAUGCUGUUCCGGUCUAAACUAUUCAAUAUUCAGUUCAGUAUUACAGAUCGUCAACACAUAUAUAUACUCCCCAUUUCCUUCCUAAGUAUUUAAUCAAGACACAUUUACUUGAGAAUCAAAAUAACUUUCGUCAAAUUCAGUGACUUUAUGCUUAAAACAAAAAAAAUAUAUAUCUGCCAAUGGAGUAAGAAAAGUAAAACGAAAUGUGCCGAAGAGCCUUAUAUAUUUGUGCAAAUCAUUUUAUCCCAUCCUGCUUAGUAAACAAGGGUCAGUUCAAUACAGGAUUUGCAUAAAAGCUGAUUCUGGAAGGUCAAAGCUAAAACAUUCAUGCUUAAACAUAGUAUCCAGAACAAAUAAGAAUAGCCUUUUCCAGAUGUGCUUGUUAUCUGGAAACAAUCACUGUCUGCAUAUUUAGGGAUUUAAGCACUGAAUUGCCUUUUCCAGAUGUCCUUGUUAUCUGGAAACAAUCACUGUCUGCAUAUUUAGAGGUUUAAGCGCCUUUUGUAAUUGUUAGAAUGGUCAUGGAUCAGCGAUUUCCACAUAAAACUGAUCAUACAGACCAAACCGUUACUCAUAGAGACUUGAAACUUGGAGGGAUGGUAGUACUCACACAGUCUACAACAUGACCAAAGCUCGCCCCAAUCGGCCUGAUGGGGGCGCUACAGCGAACAAAAGUAUGAAAUUGCUCUAAACCGUCAGUCACAGGCUCAAGUGUCUUAUGUUGUUGGAAUACUUAACUCAUGGUGAACAAAAUGUCUCAAAAUGUCAGAUUGAACCAAACCAGUGCAGAAAGAUUCUCUGGAGAGUGAAUAUCAAUAAUUAAAAAAAAAGUUGAACUUGUGACUCACCAUCGCAAAAGGGACGCCAAAACGUUCAAAAGGGACAGGGCUAUUUUUAGUAAAAUGCCUAUAACUCCUGAACAGAACGAGAUCUCCGCCAAACUCAGAACACUUAUGUAAGAGCUCAAUCUGAGGUCACAGGAAAAAAAUAGCGGAGCUUGGCCACGUAAUGGUGCUUUAAGAGGGAAGAAGCAUAAAAAUGGCUAUUACUAUGCAAUCAUUUGUGCUAUCAACAUGAAAACUAGUGUGCACGUUCGUGGUUCAAUGUGCCACAUGUGUCUGUAAGGACAUUUGUGUAUCUCCAAAAACAUGGCCACCAUUGGCCAACAGAUUUUGAACACCUGUUAGACAAGGUUAAUGGAGGCAGAAUCGAAAUUGGAAAUUUGAAAAGAAAUAGGCCAC